AUGGAACUGUCUACAGGUUAUCGUCUUUUGCUUUUCGGAAUGAUAUCGCUUCUAUCCUCUUGUUUACUUCUCUACGAGUGUAAAAAGUUAGACGAUUAUGAGUUUCCAGUUUACUCAACAAAAUCCUGCCCAAGAAAUCAAACAGAGUGGAACGAAAGGUCGUCUGCUAUCAACUGUACAAAGGAUAAUGGAUACUUGUGUUUACCAAACGAAAACAUCACGGAAUUGUUAGAGUUCUGUUAUUAUUUUCCUUUCGUAUUAAUACAAGAAGAUAUUUGUUUAUAUUUGAGCAAGCGCUACACCUACUUCGCUGUGGAUUCAUACAGCUGCAUUGGUUUUCUAUACGGAUGUCCCAAUUCUUCCUAUGUCUCAUCUAAACUGUUUGAACAUCCACACUGCACAUCUAUUGGAUAUAGAUGUUUCCUCGCUGAACCAUCUUGUCAGAGGUAA